AAUCAUUCAGAGUUCAAAGAAAGUCUUGGCCUCCUUGAAGAAAGAACACCCUAUGCUUAAGCCAACGCUUGCAAUUUUACAGGCAGGAAGUUAUGAUUUGGUGCAAGAAAUGAACAAGAACUUGGCUGAAGAGAUUGGUCUACACAUUAUCCACAUUUGGCUUCCUGAAGACAGCAGUGAAGAUGAGAUUGUUGGUGAAAUCUUGAAACUCAAUGAUGAUCCUACGGUUCAUGGUCUUGCCCUUCACCUCCCAGAAAAUGCCUACAGCAGCAAAAUAUUAAAUGCAUUGAAACCAGAGAAGGAUGUGGAUGGAGUAUCAGCUGUAAACUUAGGACAACUGCUGUAUGGAGAUGUUUAUGACUGUUUACCUUAUCCCACUGCCAGUGCUGUGAUAGAGCUUCUUGAAAACAUAGCAGAUAGAACUAUAGAUGGAAAGAAGGUGCUACUGGUUGGAACUGCAGCACCUCUGGCAGCCUCUCUUCAGUGUCUACUUCAGAGAAAAGGAGCCAUGGUUAUGAGCUGCCAGUGGAAAACGCAGCAACUUCAGAGCAAGCUGCAUCAGGCAGAUGUGAUGGUGAUAGGUAGCAGCAAACCAGAAGAGAUUCCAGUCAGUUGGAUAAAGCCUGGAACUACCAUUGUUAACUGUUCUCAUGAUGUUUUAUCAGGCAAACUUUAUUGUGGUCAUCAAGGUAUAAAGUACGGUGAUCGAACUGCUGAGGAGACUCUACCUUCUCUGGCAGUAGCAAUACGAAUGCAGAACAUGAUAAAAACGACUGAGAGGUGGAUCCGGUCCCAGCAAUACAGGAAGUGGAACCUCCAUUGCUUGAAACUUCAUCCCUUCUCCCCAGUGCCCAGCGAUAUUGAGAUUUCCCGAGCACAGAGUCCAAAAGCUGUUGAUGUUCUUGCCAAAGAGAUAGGAUUGCUUGCAGAUGAAAUUGAAAUCUGUGGCCAAACCAAAGCCAAAGUACGUUUGUCCCUGCUGGAGAGGUUAAAGGAUCAACCAGAUGGAAAAUACAUCCUAGUUGCUGGGAUAACACCUACCCCCCUUGGAGAGGGGAAAAGCACUGUCACAAUUGGUCUUGUCCAGGCUCUGACUGCACAUCUUAAUAUCAAUUCUUUUGCUUGCUUAAGACAGCCUUCCCAAGGACCUACCUUUGGAGUUAAAGGUGGAGCAGCAGGGGGUGGAUAUGCCCAAGUCAUUCCAAUGGAAGAGUUUAACCUUCAUUUGACUGGAGAUAUUCAUGCUAUUACGGCUGCUAAUAAUCUGCUGGCUGCUGCUAUUGAUGCUAGGAUCUUGCACGAAAGCACUCAGUCUGAUAAGGCUUUAUAUAGCAGGCUGGUUCCAGUAGUUGAUGGAGUGAGAAAAUUUUCUUCUAUUCAGCUUGCACGACUGAAGAGGUUGGGAAUAAGCAAAACUAAUCCUGGUAUUUUAACAGAAGAAGAGAUCAAUAAAUUUGUACGUCUUGAUAUUGACCCCUCUACCAUUACAUGGCAAAGAGUAUUGGACACAAAUGACCGAUUCCUACGAAAAAUAACAAUUGGGCAAGCAAAUACGGAAAAGGGAUUUAUCCGUCAGGCUCAGUUUGACAUUGCAGUUGCAAGUGAAAUUAUGGCAAUUUUAGCACUGACCACUAGCCUGGCAGAUAUGAAAGAGAGGCUGGGAAAAAUGGUGGUGGCCAAUGACAAAAAUGGACAACCAGUGACAGCAGAGGAUUUGGGAGUAACAGGUGCUUUGGCUGUUUUGAUGAAGGAUGCAAUUAAACCAACACUAAUGCAGACAUUAGAGGGGACUCCUGUAUUUGUGCAUGCUGGACCUUUUGCCAAUAUUGCACAUGGGAAUUCUUCUGUUUUGGCAGACAAAAUUGCCCUUAAACUAGUUGGAGAAGAAGGAUUUGUGGUAACUGAAGCUGGUUUUGGUGCUGAUAUUGGGAUGGAAAAAUUCUUCAACAUCAAAUGCAGAGCCUCUGGCUUGAUUCCCAAUGUGGUUGUGCUUGUUGCUACCAUAAGGGCUUUGAAGAUGCAUGGAGGUGGGCCCAGUGUAACUGCUGGUGCCCCUCUGAAGAAAGAAUACACAGAAGAGAAUCUCCAGCUGGUAGCUGAUGGCUGCUGUAAUCUACAGAAGCAAAUUCAAAUUGCUCAGCUCUUUGGAGUUCCUGUUGUGGUUGCUCUAAAUGUCUUCAAAACUGAUUCCCAUGCUGAGAUUGAUUUAGUCUGUGAGAUUGCAAAGCAGUCUGGAGCAUUUGAUGCACUGCCCUGCAAACAUUGGUCAGCUGGUGGUAAAGGAGCAGUGGAAUUAGCUCAGGCUGUGAGAAAAGCUGCGAAUCAGAAAAACAACUUCAGAUUUCUUUAUAACUUGGAGCUUCCUAUUGUUGAAAAAAUAAGGAUCAUUGCCCAGAAGGUCUAUGGAGCACAGGAUAUAGAGUUGUCUCCUACAGCACAAACACAAAUCGAUCGUUACAGCCAACAGGGAUUUGGAAAUCUGCCAGUCUGUAUGGCAAAAACUCACCUGUCCCUCUCCCACCAGCCUGAAAGGAAAGGCGUUCCAACUGGCUUCGUUCUGCCCAUCAGUGACGUGCGGGCCAGCAUUGGAGCUGGAUUUAUUUACCCAUUGGUAGGAAUGAUGAGCACCAUGCCAGGACUGCCUACAAGGCCUUGUUUCUAUGACAUUGACCUUGACCCUGUCACACAGCAAGUAAAAGGAUUGUUCUGAGAAGCAAGAUCCAAAUUCAGAUUUCUGAAAACAGAAACUGCAACUUCUGUUUCCUGCAAUAGGAGACAAGAGUGAAUUCGAAGUAUGCCUGUUAGAUGCCUCUGGAAGGAUAUCAAGAAAACCAUAGAGCAAAAAUCUACUCUUCCUGCAAAACAUUUUUUGUGACAAAAAGUAAUUUUAAAUCUAAGAAUAAAAUAUUACAAGCUAAUUUAUUCUCAGUUUACAGCAGAGAAGUCGUCUGCCAUAUGUACCAUUGCUAACAUAUAUGAAUGUUUGUUUUACAUCUAAAAUGAUGUAACAAAGAGGUGAAAUUUUCCAUGCUAUGGUUUUAUAUUUUUUUGUUAGGAGCUGCUAACAAAAGAAUUUGCCUCAUCAGUUGCUAUCUAAAAAUUAAUAUAAACAAAAAGAUACUGCAUGGCAAAACCUGUUGCCCUUGAAUGAAUACAGUUCAUCUCCUGGCAUUCAGAAGCCAAAACUACACACAAAGCAACCGCACAUUUCUAAGUUAUCAGUCAGUGUGCUUCUUGGGGGGCUGUUAGGAAGAGACAAAUUUGAAAUGAGAGGGAUAUUGGAGAAAAGAACACGUAUUUUGUAAAGAUAUUUUUCUAUAUGAAACUUGUUUCCUUGAUAAGUUGGCAAGCUUGGAAUCGCUUGUAGUGUGUCUCCUAGUCAUGGGUAUUUGUAAACUCAAAAGAGUUUAUCAGAUAUAAAAUGUCAGUAUUUUUGGUUCAUUUUGUUUCCUAUUUCAGCUAUAAAUAUGGGUGGAAAUCACCUGUUCAGGGUGACAUAAACUGUAUUUUAAGUUCCCUUCUUUUGAAAAAUGUGAACCUCCACUAUUGUGUCCCAGUGAAGUAGAUUUUUUGUUACCUUGGAAGGAUUAUGUUAAAAUUGGAAGGAUUUCCCUAAAAUGCAAAGCUAUGGCAGAAUUUUAAUUACAAACAGAAGUAGUAACUUAAACAGGAGACCUUUAUGAUGUUGUGUUGCAGUUAUCAGACAGUUGAGAAGUUCAAGAGGGUGGGGGACAAACAGCUGUUCUGUUACUUUUAUGCACCUAUUGAAAAAAUCACUAGUACAGUAGGGCAUAUGUUAAUACCAUUUCCUUAUUCAUGACUAGCUAUUCAAGUGUCUGUCUGAAAACAGAGACAUUAUUCUAAUGCAUAUAUUCUUCAGGGCUGAUUCAUUUAGUGAGCUCCAUUGCACAGCGUAAUGGACAUUGAUAUCAUUAUAAUCUCGUCUGGCAGAGCAGAAUAUCCAAAAAUGUCUCAUUAUUCAGAAGAUUCUUUGCCUGUCAUCAAUCCAGUACUCAUGAUUACCUCACUGGAUAUAAGGGCCAGUGAUGUCCCUUACCUCCAUACUGUCUGGUCUGUCUGAAGAAGUAAAGUUAAUUUUUAAACCUCUUCAGGGUUUCCAAUUACAUAAUGUUGAUCCCUUCCACUUAUUUCUGGACACGGACCAAUGUCUUGUCCCUCCAAAGGUGACACUGAUCCAGUCCAGUUGUAGCAUUUUCUGAGAUUGCAUCAUGCCAGGACAUCACUGUUGCCAUGCAAGGUCUGGUUAAACUAAAUUCCAAAAAUCCUCUCUUUUCUUUGUUUUAAUAAAUUGGUUCAUUGCCU